AUGGCAGAAAUCCCGGAGGCCACUUCAUUCACACCACCAGCAGUUUCUAAUGAUGAAAAACAUCAACUGUCAUUUCAAGGACAUUCAAAUCCCAAAGAUCAAGACAGUUCUCGCUCCUCUCAACUGACCAACUCUCCCAAGUCCUGGGAGAAAUCUGGGUUCAAAGCCAAGUCCCACCGAACAUGGCGCAACAUCCAAAGAUACAUCUGGGACGACCCCGACAAGCCCGCCGUAGAAAAGAAGUUCCUGCUCAAACUGGACUUCUUCCUGCUAUCGUACACAUGUCUCGGUUAUUUCUGCAAGAAUCUCGACCAGGCGAAUAUCAGCAACGCGUAUGUCUCUGGCAUGAAAGAAGCAUUACAUAUGGGUGGAAAUGAGUUGACGUACAUGAGUAACGUCUUCACGGCUGGUUAUGUGGUCGGUCAGCUGCCUGCUGUUAUUCUAGCAACGAAAAUUCGACCGAGUAUCCUGGUCUCGACUCUGGAGAUUUUGUGGGCCGUGUUUACUUUUUGUUGUGCGGCUGUGAAGACGGUACCACAGCUUUAUGCGCUGAGAUUUCUGGUCGGAUUGUGUGAGGGAGCCUUCUUCCCAGUUAUCAUAUAUGUUAUUAGCUCAUGGUAUACCAAAGUCGAGCGUGGAAAGCGCGUUACACUGUUCUACUCCACUGCAACCAUGGCCGGUAUGUUCAGCGGAUAUCUCCAAGCCGGAGCAUACAAAGGUCUCAACGGCAAACUUGGCCACGAAGGCUGGCAAUGGCUCUACAUAAUCUGCGGCAUCAUCUCUCUACCCGUUGGUAUCAUCGGCUACUUCUUCAACCCAGAUUUCCCCGAGAAUACGCGAGCCUUCUACCUCUCUCCGUCCGAAACCGAGCUCGCUCGACAACGUCUCCUGCGAGAUGGCUACAAACCACUCGGCGCAUCGGCUUGGGAUAGGAAGAAGAUCUUCCGCAUCAUGGCACAAUGGCAAUUUUGGGUGCUACCUCUAGGCUACUUCUUCGUCCAGAGCAGUUUCCCGAAUGCACAGCCUGCGUUUGCGCUCUACUUGAAAGCAACAGGACGCUCAGUCUACGAAAUCAACGUCUGGCCCACUGGUCAAGCGGCUGUUGGAGUCGUGGUUCAGAUCGCAGCAGGAAUGCUGUCCGAUUCUCCGCUCUUGAACGGUCGCCGAUGGCAAGCCAUUACGUUUAUGCAAGCAGGUACCUUCAUUGGUGCAAUCAUCAUCGUGGUAUGGAACGUCCCCGAAGGCGCGCGCUUUUUCGCCUACUAUAUAUCGUACAUGUGUGCUGGCGUGCCGGGGAUCUAUUACUCGUGGUUCCCUGAGUUGAUGCCGCAUGAUCAUGAGAUGAGAGGGUUCUUAACUGCGUUCAUCAAUAUCGCGAGUUAUGUGAAUCAGAUCUGGGUUGCGGAUGCGGUUUGGAGGACCGUGGAGGCACCGAGGUUCAGGCCAGGGUUUAUCUUUGCGAGUGUAACGGGGGUUUGUCUUGUGGUGUUGAGUCUGGGGUUGCAUUUUCUUGAGAAGAGAGAUGUUAAGAAAAGAGCAGUUGUGGAAAGUGAAGCGGGGAGAGUGGAUGUCGAGUCGCCGUUGGAAAGUGAAAAGCUUUAA